CAUUCCUUCGUGCCGCGACAUCGGCAUUCGCGACGCGUAUCUUAUACACCACGCUCCCUCAUAAAUUUAAGCCGCAUUUGAAAGACCGAAUCACUUGAUUGGCCGCCAAUCAUUCAUGCCGUAAAGGCAUAGUCAUUCUUACCCAAAGUAUCUCUUUACUGGCCGCAUACACAACAUGGGUAACUCCGCCUCAAAGAAGGCGCUUCUUGAAGCUGCUGAAAGGCGUGCUCUGGCCGUACAGUCCGAUCUCGCCGCCCGCGAACGUGACCUGGCUCGCGUGGAGAAAAACCUCGAAACGUCAAACUCAGAGAAACACAACGCUUCGAGCGAAGCCGCUAAACUUCGAAAAUUAGUGCAAGAUCUAGACGUUCAGUACGCGGCAGUCGACGAAGAGCGGAAACGAGAGAUUGAACGCUUGCAUGCCCAGGUGCGACAGAAAGGUAGCGAGACAAUUGCUCAACAGCAAGUGUCGAAGCUUCGCACCUCUGAGCGCGACGAUGCUCGUCAUGCCCUGAGAAAGGCCGAGGAGAAGUCAGCGAAGCUUGCAGACGAGCAACAGGCUCUCAUACAACCGUUGAAGAACAGAAUCGAGGAGUUGGAGGCUGCGGCGCAGGCGUCCGCCACCGACUCGCACGAUCGACAGGGAGAAAUACAGGCUGCACGCGCAGCACACACUUUGGAGUUGGAGGCCGUGCAGAGCAGGCUGAAUGAACAGGAGGCUGCUUAUCUGGAGCAGCUCGCGGCGUCAAGAGGAGAAAUCGAAAAAUUGCGCACUGCUCAUCUCCAACAGCUCGAAGCCAAAGACAAGGAUCUCGAAUCUUUGAAAUCAGCACACGCACAGCAGCUCGAGGCUACUCAAAGGGAAGCUAAAGCUGCAGCAUUAGUCCAUGCUGCCAAGACCGAGAACCAGAACGGGCUUCAAAGCUUGGUUGACUCUCUUCGGCAGUCCAAUCGUGAACUCGCCGAAAAGCUCGCAGUCGCUGAGGCCGCAGUCGCCGCCAAGAACGUCAAGACUAAUGCGGCAAACGAGUUGAACCUUGUUCGUACUUCCACCAACGCCAGUACAAAUGCGAAGCAGUUCUCAGCUUCACGCGCCCUCGCAAUGCGUAUCUGGAAGCUGGCGAAGUCUGAAAACGCAGUGCUUGUGGCCAGCAGUCCUCGCUUGACACAUCAAUCCAGCAUGCUCAGCGUGCGCGACUUCAUGGAGCCCGCCACGCCCACUCCUGCUCUCACCACAGCCAGUACUCCUUCCAGCUCACCGGAGCGCGCCAGUCCUCUUGCCACCAGUGUGGCCGGUGAGAAAGACUUCUCAAAGCCGGUGCGCUUUUCUCUUUACCCUCGCAUUGGCAAGGACUUGAGGAUCGAAGUUGGAGACAAUGAAGAAGAGGUCAUGGUCGAGAUUCGGGAGUGGCACCGUGGUGUGCGAUCAUUCAAGGUAAGCUAUAUCCACCAAGCCGCGUUGAAGAUAGUCCGUGAACAAUGAGUACUGACACACUGCCGCCCAGGGUAUCUCAAUCCCCGUUGGAGAUGCUGGCGAACUCGUCAAAAUUCUUCCAGACAUUGUGCGCCUUGCAGAGCUCAAAGAAGA